UAAGACAUCGAUAUGUAUGCUAACUGUAGUAGGUUCGCUAACUCUUACCAUUUAGCAAGUAAUCUAGACUCUGAAUAUAUCAGAAUGUGUUAGCCAGUAUCCCGAGGAUCAGUAACCAGCUUGCUGACCUUGUGACGGACUAAUGUCUACAAUGGUGAAAACUUAAAUGUAACUUUUUGAACCACUACCUCAGCUGCGUUUGAGCAGCUAUCACAAUGAAUGGCCGUACAGCAGAGGAAGUGCUCAGGUGGGCCCUAAGGAUAUUCAUCCGUCAAUCACCCUGGCAACAUACUGGCCCCCAGAUGACCAGCAGUGCUUUGGUGAAAGACAGCUUUUCCUGGAGAUCGUCUCGUAUCUGUAGAACAGGAGAAAGUCAUAGGCCGUUAGCUGGAGCACCUGUAUGCGCUGUGAGGUUUUACUGUCAAGGAAAAACGUAUGUGCAAGAUGUGGUUAAAAGUAAGCAAGGCAACACCAUGCGAAGACCUGAAACCAGGUCUUCGCAAGGUGAGAUUUUCUCAGACAAGCCCAUCAAGAAUAUGCCUUUCUAUGAGCACCUGAAUGAGUGCAGGUCCCCCUUGGAAGUUCUAGACCUGGCGGGACGCUCCACGUCCACGGACCGGCGGGUGAGCAACUGCCUCUCGCGCUGCUGGGUCACCUCCAAGAAGAUGUCGGACAACCAUCUUCAGGAUGAGCUACGCCUCAUGUUUGAGCAUCCAGGCUUCGAGGACCUCCUGCAGAAGACCAUGAAGAACGCUCGGCGCUUGCGCCCCGAGGACUUGACCCAUAGCCUGCUGGCCAUUGUCAAGCUGGGCGUACCACAGCGCAGCCGCGUGGUCCAGACUCUCCUCCGGGUCUGCCAGGAGAACCUCAAUGAGUUGGAUGAGAAAUCUCUGUCGGUGCUGAUUACCUGUCUGCAACACAUGGAGAGCAGUCCCAAUGGCGAUGCGCUGAAGGACGGGGUCAGGCUGAUAAUCGAGGCCAAGCUACCGCGCAUUAGGAGCGUCAUGGUCCUGCAGACCAUGAUGCGCCACGUGGGCCAGGAUGCCUCAGUGGACCUGAAGAAGAAGAUGGAGAGAAAAGCCCUGUCGUUGGUGGGCCAGUUCACACUACCCAACUCCCAGUAUAUGGUAACUACGCUGGCCUCCAUGGGAUUAUGCUCCAAGCCAUUGUUGGAUGUCUGCAGCAAAAACAUAGCAGCACAGGUCCACGGAAUCCCCUUCAACCGCCUGUUGAAUGUGCUGAGGGCCUGCAAGGAGCUGCAGUACAGAGACCUUGACCUGUUCACUGCCGUCUCGGACUAUGUGGGCUCCAGCAUUGCUAUGUGGAACAAUAGACAGGUGAUACUUCUCUUGUCUGCCUUUGAGGAUCUGGCGUUCUGUCCCACGGCGAUGUUGGAUGCCUUUGCAGAAAGACUGGUUGGAGAUGCAAAAGCCCUGGGGUUCAAAGAUGUCCUUAGCGUCCUGAAGAUCUACUCUUCCAUCAACCACGACCUCCAGGGAAACAGAGUUCUGUUUUUGGAAAGUAUGACCCAAGUGGUGGAGUCCUACCUUCCCAAAAUGGAUGCCUUCAACCUGCUUAAGGUUGUCUAUUACCUGUGUCUGCUCAACUACUUCCCCCAAGCCCCGCUGGAGCAGCUUCUGGAGCAGGACACCCUGGAUCAGAUCGCCGUUCAAGGUGGACGGCUGCAGAAGGGGAUGGAGAAGAAGCUGCAGGUGGUGGCCCUGUGUCUGAGGUUGGACCAAGCUUCACGCCCUAAUCCUUUGACCAUCCCAUCCGAAGCUCUGGGCUCAUCUGCACCCAGCGACCUCGUGGUUAACCCGGGGUUCUCUCUGAUCCUGCAGAGCAUUACCCAGGGCUGGUUGCUAGAGGAGGCUGUGGUGGUCCAAGACCUCUACUUCAUAGAUGGUGUGCUGACUAUGUCUGAUGGAGAAGCUUCUUUACCUGAGCACAGGCAAAGAAUUGCUGUGUUCUGCGCACCCGCUUCCUCAUUUUGUUACGGCACCUCCCGUCCCCGGGGCAACUUAGCGGUCAAGAUUCGUCACCUGAAGGUUCUUGGAUAUAUCCCUGUUGUGUUUUCCAAACAGGAGCUGGACAAUCUGUCAGAAGAGGAGAGAAAUGAGUUUGUCAGAUCACAGGUCUUUCCAGAAUUGGAGAGAAUUGCGGAUGUUAAAUUGGAGACAGAAGGAGUGAAAUGUGACAGUUAAUUCUGUUAAGAAUCUUGUUCUGUGGUCACAGCCUGGACUCCAUUCGGUCUGGUUUACAGUCUUGUCCUGUCAUUCGUUGCACUGGAACUGCUGACGUUGACCACACAAAGUCUUGGUUUCUGAAGUUGUCUGGACUUUUCAGUUCACAGCGUAAUGUCUCAACAUUUUCCUAGAAAUUCAAUGGGAACAAACUCCCAUUUUUGUCUUUGCUUCACAUAUUUCUGAGGGAAUCUGAUGGAAUAUAUGCACUUCAGCAUUUAUUCAUGUAACUUAAAUCCAGUUAUCUGCGGACCAAAUCUUCAUGGGCUGUUCUUCAGUUGUUUAAACCCCUCUCUGUUCUUCAUCACAUGGAUUUAUCGGAAGGAACUAAAGUCCUUGUAUGGUAUGACUUGGAUUUAAACCCUAUUUGAAGCUUUUCAGAUGAUUUUUGCCCUUUUUAUGUCAGAAGGUUCCUCAGAAAAUAGUUAUUCAUGUUUUGUCUUAUUCAUGGUCCUACAAAAGGUUUGAAAUCCAGGUCAAGUGAAGUAACCAAAACAGAUUACCUGACAACUAUGCUAGUGUGAUGAUGCCUUGCACACAAUAACAUGGCCCAGUUCAGCACGGACACCAGGACCCUGUGCGCCUAGAGAUUAGAGACAAUUUGGCUUAGCAAUAUUAUUAAAACUUCAAGAGUUUAUCAGAAAGCCUGUUUCCCUUGAUAACUCCUCACAGAUCUCAAGUGCAUUGGGCUUAUUUUGGAUAAAGGCCGGAAAAUUUAAACUUGCCUUUAAUCGUGACUAACCUAUGCUAAAAAUAAAAUGGAAUGGAAAACACACUCUCAAUAUGCAAUUUUUUUAAUGAGAAAUCUUUCAUUUAUUGAAGCUGUUACAAUGCUUGUCAUAGAGCCGUCAUUAUUCAUCAGUGACAGCUAACAUUUAACUGACAUUUAAGUAGCUCAUUGUUCUUUAUGCUGACAUGCUGACAAAUGUUUGGUACCUAGGAGGCCUCCGAAAUCACACCCUAUCUUCUAUAUCAUUUGGACAACCCUAUCAAAAGAAGUGCUCUGAGAAAAGAGUGUGAUUUGGGAUGCAAUCACUAUUUCAUUUUGAAAUGAAACCGGUACAGCCCUCACAGUUGGCAGCACACUAGUUCAGUGCGUUUUCCCCAGCUUACUAGAAACUGCAAGGUGUGCAACAUCAAGGUGCGGUUCCUCUCAUUUUGCAUACUAAAGUGCACAGUGACACAGAACGCAAGUCUCCACGGGAACGGUAGGCAGGAAACCAUGCUAGGUGUUUUUGUUUGAAGUCAUUGCAGCAAUUUUUUUUAUUCAACCAUUUCCUCACGGCUGAGUCACAUUGUUACCUCAAGGUUUCAACAAAUUCUGAAAACACGAUCGCAAAACAAUACACUAAGGUUGUAACGUGGGAAUGCUUGAUUUGAAGUACCUGCUUCAUAAGAUUUUUCCAGAAAUAUCAAAGAGAAUUUACUGGAGUUAUGUGUAGAUGGUUUUACAUAAAUGGGAUGGAUGGACCUAAAUCCAACAUAAAAGUUUUGGUAUGACUGCUGUCCAUUGUUGCGUUCCAAUAAACAUAACAGAGCUAGAACAGUUGCAUUCACACAAUUACUGCAAAAGGUGAUUCCAACAUGUAUUAACUCAGUGGUGUGGAGUCUUAUCAAAUUAUUAUAUGUCAGUUUAAAAAAUAUAUUUUAUUCCACAGUGAAUAAAAAUCCCCUCCAGCGUGAAGAAUGAUUGUGUGGAUAAGUGCAAAAAUUUAUCCUAAUUUUAAUGCAUGAAACCAAGGCUCUGACGCAACAAAACGUGAAAAAGUGGAUGUAGACUUUCUAUAGCCACUGCAUGUCAGGUAACUAAAAGCACAAGCAGGGAUUUGUAAUUCAAGAGUGCGACUGUCAAUGUAGGACUGUCCCUUGUUCUGAUCCGUAUACAUCACCAUCUCUGUGAGUGUGUGAGUGAAAGUGUGAUCUAGUCCCCUAUAUUCAGAAAACCACCACUUCCUGAGAGACCCACUCAUCACAGAGAGGGUCUUCCUUUAGUUACAUCACACACCCACAGUGUUUCACUGAGGGUGUCCCUGUAGCUAUACACGGAGCCCAUUAGUGUAUGUACAGUGGGGAGAACAAGUGUUUGAUACACUGCCGAUUUUGCAGGUUU